GAGACAGUAAAAGCUCUCAUAUCAACGUCCAGUCUUCUCUUUUAUUUGUCUUGCGUGCCCGGCGGUAUUAUUGUUGUUGUUGUUGACGUGCGAUUAAGACAGAUUAGCCAGCGCACUAGUUAGAUUCGCUCGUAGUCUACAAGGUCCUCAUAUUCACAUACAUAACAAAUUUGGCGACGGGUUUGCUGAAGAUGGACCCACUGCGUUUAGAGAAACUAAUGGAACAGCAGCUAAAAUUGAUGGAAAUGCUUGCUGGUCUACAGAUAUCACGCUCUGCCGAUUCAUCUACAGCCAACGACAGCAUUGGUAGCAGCAUCUCAGAAUUUGUUUAUGAUCCAGAUGCGAACGUCACUUUUGACACUUGGUUUCGCAGAUAUGAAGACCUAUUUCGAGUAGACUUUGCGGAUAAAGAUGAUGCCUGGAAAGUACGGCUUCUACUUCGUAAAUUGGGAUCAGAUGAGCUGGAUAAAUAUUGCAACUUAAUUCUCCCACAGAAGCCCAGCGAAAGAUCAUUCGAUGAAACUGUCCAUACCCUUCGUCAUCAGUUCGGUGAUCAGAGAUCUUUAUUCAACAUUCGAUAUCAUUGCAUGAAACUAUCUCUGAACGAAAAUGAUGAUAUCCAUACUCAGUUGGGUAUAGUCAAUCGCACGUGUGAACGUUUUAAAUUGAAAUCGCUCUCAGAAGACCAGUUCAAGGUAUUGAUUUUCAUCUGUGGUUUGCAGUCUCCCAAAUUUGCUGAUAUACGCACACGUCUAUUAAAUCGUCUGGAACAAGAUCCACGAAUGACUUUGAAAGACGUCGGUGAAGAAUAUCAGCGUUUAAUCAACAUUCAUAACGAUACCGCCUUGGUGCAGUCUGGCAGCCAAAAUGCAGCAGAAGUGCAUGCGGUGCAUUCAGUACCGUCGACAUCAACCGCACCGCGUCAUCCUCAGCAUAAACCACCAUCAGCCUGCUGGCACUGUGGCUCCUGGCAUUUUGCAAACUUGUGCCCAUUCAAACAGCAUAAAUGCCGUCGAUGCCAUACUGUUGGUCACAAAGAUGGCUACUGCAAACGCAACAACCGACCCAGAUCUCGUAGUCGACCCAAACGGCGCAACAAGCCUAAGUCUUUGG